GAAGGGGGCGUGGCCAUGAGGAAGGGGGCGUGGCCAGGUGCAGCCAGGUGAGGUUCAGGUGUCGGGCAGUGCCCCCGGACCUGACGCCGGAAGAGCGGCGGGAGCUGGAAUCCAUCCGGCGCCGGAAGCAGGAGCUGCUGGGGGAGAUCCAACGGCUCCGCGACGAACUCAGCGAGGCCAUCAGCGAGGUCGAGGGGCUCGAGGCCAACGAGGGCAGCAAAACGCUGCAGAGGAACCGGAAAAUGGGGAUGGGACGGAAGAAAUUCAACAUGGAUCCCAAAAAGGGGAUCCAGUUCCUGGUGGAGCAGGAGCUGCUGCGGCACACGGCCGAGGACAUCGCCCGCUUCCUCUACAAGGGGGAGGGGCUGAACAAAACGGCCAUCGGGGACUACCUGGGGGAGAG